AUGAUAGAUGGUUUAGCUUUCCUACCACAGGAUAAAGUACUGGACGGAAUGACAUGUCUAAAAGAAAUAAUGCCUCCAGAUGCAGAAGACCUUAUUUUAACUUAUUUUGAUUCUUAUUAUGUAAAUGAUGAAGCAAAAUCAGCUUUAGAUGCUGUAGGAGAUACGAAAACUGUUAAAAAACUAGGGCAAACUCGGACAGUAGAAAAACGUCUGCAAAAUUUAUUUAUACAAAUACAAGCAGGCAAUAUCGGUGUAUUAGAUUUUUUAACAGCCGUUAACAAUGUUGUAACAAUUGAAAAUGGUAUGUUACGAGAAGUUAAUAAAGAUUAUAAAAAAACCAAGCACAAGUAUCAAAUAAUAUUGGAAAGUAUUUCAAUAAUACAAAUUAUAAAUAAUAACGAGAUGGAUAAUGGUGACCUGCCAAUUCAUAAAUAUACAUCAGCAGCAGAAUUAAACACUCUACCUUCUGGAAUGAUAAUUGAUGUCAUUGGUGUAUGUUACCAACUCGAUAGUGAAAAGACAGUUAAUGCUCAAAAUCAGCAAGUCAGAAAGGGACAUAUUAUGGUUGAUAGUACACUAUUAAUUGAAGUUAAAUUUUUUGGUGACAAAGUUGAUACUCUCUACGCUAUAGGUAGCACAUUAUCUUUGAUUAGUGCCAAAUAUGUCAAUUUCAAAGGAUAUAAAUAUUUAAUAGUUGAGAGUUCAAGUUUUGUAAAAUGUGGUAGGUACUUAUUGUUAAUUAUGCUAUUUA